AUGCCCUCAUAUACUAAGUUCCUAAAAGAGAUCUUGUCGAAUAAGAAGAAACUUGUAGAUGACGAGACUGUGGCACUCACUGCAGAGUGUAGUGCCAUUAUCCAAAACAACAUGACACCUAAAUUGAAAGACCCUAGUAGUUUUUCUAUUCCUUGUGUAAUAUGCAAGUUUGUCAUCGAUAAGGCAUUAUGUGAUCUCGGAACUACUGUCAGUCUAAUUCCUUUUUCCAUUUGCGCAAAACUUAAGUUAGGAGACUUGAGACCUACUAGGAUGUCCCUUCAAUUGGAAGAUUGUUCAGUUAAGUAG